AUGGCUCCUCGUCGCACACGUGCUAAAAAUGCUACCACCCAUCUGGCCGAAAAACAAGCAGAUGAUGACCACUUGGCAGCAGCCAGGGCAGAAAAGGAAGCAGAUGCCCUAGCAGGGCUCACCAGACUAGCAGAAAUGCAGGUCCAGAUAGAGGCUACACAGGCUCAAGCUGCUGAUAAGCCCAAGGCAGUCAGACCGCGACCGGUUCCAAAGGGUCGCCAGCCACAUGCCAGCCAAUCAGAGGAACCUUUUUCUAAGGCAGGUCGCCAGUAUGCCAACAAUAUGGAUGGUCCUGGUGAGACGUCAAACGUGAAGGAUCAGAUUUUUGACGAAGAUGAGUCAUUGGGUGGUAGCAAUAUUGAAAUUCCAGGCGGUACAAAGCAGAAGUCAAAGAAGCAAACACUUAAGGCGGCGAUCUCAGGUGUUAGGUUCCAGAUUGAUGCAGAUGUCAAUGAUGCGCGUGCAAACAACGAGAAAGGCAACUCCGAAACAAAAUCUGCUCUAGGUGGUCACAUUCAAAACUGGAGGACAAGGGUUCCCCUGAAAUCAAAUUCCGAGCAAGAAUUGCUUACCACUGCCACUCAACCGCUGCCUUCAAAUUUUUCCAAUGCAUCGAAGAGGACCUCCGUCAGUUCAUAUGCACCUCCCCCUCCUAGCAGCAAAGAGGACAAUAUUGAGGACCUUGUUGGAGCUUUUGGAGAUGAGGACUUGGAUGAAACACUCGAACGGGAGGCAGUGGCAGUUAUGACAAAGAGUCAGGGUAAACAACCAGCGAUGUCUACCAUCAGUAUUGUAUCUACUAGCACUGAUCAUGACCUCGAGCCACCAUCCAGCACUCAACCCUGCUUGAAGAAGCGCACCUUGAUGCCACUACCUUCAACACAACCCCGAGCCGUACAUGACCUCAAACCACCAUCCAGCACUCAACCCUGCUUGAAGAACCGCGCCUUGAUGCCACCACCUUCAACACAACCCCGAGCCGUAUCCAGCACAAAGAGGAAGAAGCUAGCUGAGGUCAUUGAGUUUUCUGAGAGUGAGAUCUCUGAGUUUUUGGACACGGACGAUGACCUUAUGGAGGUUGAUGGCCCGAGUGACGAAUUGGAUGCUGAUAUCAAGCCCAAGCCAGUGGUUCAGAACAGUGCUAAAGCUAUACGCACUACAACUUCUACGUCAGUGACUACCACCACUCGCAAGGCUCCUGCUCCUCCCUCAAAGAAGGUGAAACUCGAGAAAAAUACCAAACAGGGCAACAUCAAAUCCGAGGGAACGUCAACUGUGUUGCCUGGCACCUGGGUAGAACCAGUAUCGAAGGCGCGUUCAUCAUAUUUGAACACAGACCUCCCAUCAGGCUGUCAUGAGGAUGGAAAAUGGGUUCGAGUCUUUUUACCGACAGUCUUUCUGUGGCUCAGCGCACAAGAGGAACUCUGGGUUAUUGCUGAUGCUAAGUUGCUCAUGGCGUGCAAAGAAAUUUUCAAGGUUGUCUAUCCAGAUAUUCGCUACAAUGUCACCACGUCUGGGUCUGUUUUUGGUGUUGUCACACAACGUGUUGGCGAAUGGCGUAGCAACUUCGGGUCUACAGCGCUUGCUAUUGCAAUUGAUUUUUGUGCCUCCAAUCAAGAUUCAGCUCCAGCAGAACUCUCAGAACUCCUCCUUGUCAAUUAUGGCUUCCUAUACCCUAACCCUGACAACAUUGACAAGACAGAAACAUUUCGCUCUGCGUUUGUGCAGGAACUUCUCUCAACGGCACAUCUGUCUCGAAUUCUAGGACAUGCUGACGUCCCUGUUCUCAACACUCGCAACUUAAUUAGACAUGGUUUUUUCGGGGCAUUGGGGUUGUGUGCCGUUUCGCUUGAACGUGCUUUCUCUCUUCUCGCUGAUAAUACUGUUACUAUCGACCAUGAGGAUCACUUGGGGUUGCCGAUUACUGCACGGAGAGCUCGUCUCAAGACACCAAAGACCCUCAACAAAGCUACGGGCAAGGAGACGGUCUCAGAGCAUGCAUUUUCAAUUGCCAAGUGGAAAUCCAAGACUGACGCAUUUAUACGUGCGGCAGCUAAGAAGGGGGAGGCAGCAACAGAGCUCACUGUCUCAAUGGCAUGGAAGCUUCUGAAGAAACCCAGCUUCGAUAAGUACACCAGCAAUGACUCAUUCAAGGAUGAGGAUGAUCGUGCGGAUGUUUGGUAA